UGCAGACCUCAUUCACCACAAUGAAGGUGAUUUGGUUAAUUUUCGCAGUGAGCGCAGCACUACUUUCUAAUGUUUCAGGAUACGUCAUCAGAAAACAUAGCACCCAGAGAAGUGUGGAAAAUACUCCACUUUCCGUACCAACUCUAUACAAUGCCAUAUUCAACUUAACUCAGCUAAAUGUUGAGGAUAUCGACAGUUCCUCCGAGGAGAUAGAUAAGAUCGAGUGUUGGACUAAUUUCACCCAAGAAAACAUUAAUGUAAUGACAGCCAGUGGAACGCAAAUAAUAGAUUGUGUGAAAUUUAAUGCCUCAGAACUUGAGUUAUAUUUUAGCAGGAAUAAUGCUGAUGAGUUUAAUAAACAAUUCAUACAAACAAUGGAAGAUUGUAUUGGAAUGGAAGAAGCGGAUAAAUCAAAUUGCUUUGCCAAUAAUGUUUUGAAAAAUUUCCAAUCAAUCGCCUCCAGCAAUUUGCUUAAUUUCACUCAAAGUCAAAAAUGUGUUUUAAAUGUGAUUAACAAUGCUGUCAACGAGAUAAAUGUUGCAUCCGAUGUACUCGCUAAAUGCAUGUUUGGAGACUAUUUUACUAGAUUCCCAUGGUUUACAAGAACAACCACGACAAUUACACCUAACACAACGAGUUCAAACUAUACAAACCCUGCGACUACAAUGACACCACCAACUAAUACAACGAGUGUUAAUACUACUAUUGCGAUAACUACUUCUUCACCGUGGGCUAAUACAACAAGUGCUAAUACUACAAUUGCGGUAACUACUUCUUCACCGUGGACAAAUACAACAAGCUCUGACACAACUAUUGGAGUAACUACUUCUUCACCGUGGACUAAUACAACAAGCUCUAACACAACUAUUGGAGUAACUACUUCUUCACCGUGGACUAAUACAACAAGCUCUAACACAACUAUUGGAGUAACUACUUCUUCACCGUGGACUAAUACAACAAGUGCUAAUACCACUGCUGCGGUAACUACUUCUUCACCGUGGACAAAUACAACAAGCUCUAACACAACUAUUGGAGUAACUACUUCUUCACCGUGGACUAAUACAACAAGCUCUAACACAACUAUUGGAGUAACUACUUCUUCACCGUGGACUAAUACAACAAGUGCCAAUACUACCAUUGCUGUAUCAACUUCUUCACCAUGGACCAAUACCACAAGUGCCAAUACUACUAUUGCGGUAACUACUUCUUCACCGUGGACCAAUACAACAAGCUCUAACACAACUAUUGGAGUAACUACUUCUUCACCUUGGACAAAUACAACAAGUGCCAAUACUACCAUUGCUGUAUCAACUUCUUCACCAUGGACCAAUACCACAAGUGCCAAUACUACUAUUGCGGUAACUACUUCUUCACCGUGGACCAAUACAACAAGCUCUAACACAACUAUUGGAGUAACUACUUCUUCACCGUGGAGUAAUACAACAAGUGCUAAUACUACUAUUGAAGUAACUACUUCUUCACCCUGGACCAAUACAACAAGUUCUAACACAACUAUUGGAAUUACUACUUCUUCACCGUGGACAAAUACAACAAGUGCCAAUACCACUGCUGCGGUAACUACUUCUUCACCAUGGACUAAUACAACAAUUGCCAAUACUACCAUUGGUGUAUCAACUUCUUCACCAUGGACCAAUACCACAAGUGCCAAUACUACUAUUGCGGUAAAUACUUCUUCACCGUGGACCAAUACAACAAGCUCUAAUACAACUAUUGGAGUAACUACUUCUUCACCGUGGACAAAUACAACGAGUGCCAAUACUACAGUGGCAGUAACUACUUCAUCACCGUGGACUAAUACAACGAUUACUAAUACUACUCUUGUAGUAACUUCUUCUUCACCAUGGAUAAAUACAACGAUCGCCAAUGUUACUACUUCACCAUGGACAAAUACAACUAAUUCAAAUUCAUCGUCAUUACUUACAACUGUUCAACCUUCUCUUAACACAACUGCUAACAGUACUACUCUUAUUCUAACCACACCUAUUUCUACAGAAAACACAACGACCUCUCACGAUUCUAAUUUAAAUUGGUUGGAAACUACUUGGAAUAAAAUAAAAAAUAUUUUUUAA